AAGAUGAUUUCUGCCAAGAAGCUUCUGAAUUUGGCAAGGAAAUGGCAGAAGCUAGCUGCUAUCAGUCGAAAAAGAAUCACGUUGCCACAAACCAUUACAAGCAUAGAUCCAAGAAGUCCUAACACACCAAUAGAGGUCAAGAAAGGCCAUUUUAUUGUGUACUCUGUUGAUAAAAAACGCUUUUUGCUUCCUUUGGAAUAUCUUAACAAUGAAAUUAUUAGAGAGCUAUUCAACAUGGCAGAAGAAGAGUUCGGAUUACCAGCCACAGAGUAUCUCACAUUGACAUGUGAUGCAAAGCUUAUGGAAUAUGUAAUUACUCUGAUCAAACAGAAUGUUACUAGAGAUGUGGAGAGAGCAUUGUUGACGUCUAUAGCUAGUGGCUGUUUUUCAUCAUCUUUGCAUCUCCGACAUCAACCACCAAUCCAUCAAUUACCAAUUUGCAGCUUCUGA